GGGAACUCGCCAGUUUCAACUCCUCCAACUCCAGCUACUGGCCUUGGAUUUGUACCACCUCACCCAUCUCUGACGCCACCGGCCGAUUGGACUAUUUCCAUGCUUACCUACAGCACACAAGCCGCCAACUAUAGUAGCUUACGUACCAUGCCAAGCAACGCUGUGGGAACGCCACCAGUCUACAAAGGUCCACAUCUUGCCAGAGACUGGCCGAUCAGUUAUCCCUUCGCCAUUCCCACAGGUUACGUAGCUCCUAACAUCGUGCCUGCAGACCAUCAGGUCGGACAGUUGACCCACUUUGAAGAGGGUCUAGGAGCAUGUGGCCGGCCAGGAAUGAUAUCAAGCGACUUCGCCGUUGCUAUAAGCUGGGAAAUAUUUGACAUUGGCCGAGAAAUUGGAGGUUCCUCUCUGGAAGACGGAUGGAAGUCAGAAGGUGUCAAUCCAGAUGGAAAGCUUAGCACUUGGCCUAUUGAUAAGAGCUCAAGUGCACUAUGCAAUCAAGGGAUUCGGGCAUGGAUGGCUGAUGACGAGGAUAAGAAGUUGGUGGAGCAAGAAUUUGUGGUCAGAGAUCGUUGUGCGGCGUGUAACGUGUCAGACCUUGAUAUCCAGAAGGGCAUAUUUACCAAUUAUUGGGGUGCAGAGGCGGAGGGAAGAAUUCAAGUCACAUGGGAGUGA